CAAUCCGCACUUUCCACAAAACUGCCGGCUCCAGCCUUUGCAUGCGCCACCCCUCUGUUUCUUUAACAGCUUCCCCAGUCUACCUAGGAUUAAAUAUAAAAAUUAAUCGGCUAGAAAUUCGAGACGGGCAUGGCUGUAGAAAGAAAGAGCGGGGAGGAGGACUGGCGAAAGUGCACCGCGGAAGCGCCGCGCGCCCUCUCCUCGUCGCGCGGAGCCCGCAGUGUGCGAAUGGAGCCCGGGGCUGCGGGCUGCGGGUUCUGCGCCUAGCCUGACGCCGGGCCGCCCCUCGGCCCGGGUCCUGUCAGCUGCUGGGCAGCCAGGUUCAUGUGGAGGUUCUCAGGCGUCCGCGCCGCGCUUCGAGGGUUCCGGGCCGCGGCGGAGCAGCGCAGCCGGGCGGAGGCUGCGGCAGAGAAGGCGGCGGGCGCGAUGGAGCGCGCCGUGGUGCGCUGCGUGCCCUCCGAGCCCAAGCUGAGCCUGUCGUUCGCGCUGGCCGACGGCAGCCACAAGAACAUGCAGCGCGACCAGAGCGAGCCGCUCGGCCGGGUCCUCAGCCGGAUCGCAACCAACGCCCUCAAGGGCCACGCCAAGGCGGCCGCGGCGAAGAAGAGCAGGAAGAACCGGCCGAACGCGAGCGGCGGCGUCGACUCCGCGGUGCCUGGCUCCGAGCCGGCCGCGGCCCCUGAGCCGGUGGUGAAGCUGUACUACCGGGAGGAGGCAGUGGCCGAGGAUGUACUCAACGUGGACGCCUGGCAGGACGGCGCGGUGCUGCAGAUCGGCGAUGUCAAGUACAAGGUGGAGCGCAACCCUCCUACCUUCACCGAGCUGCAGUUGCCGCGCUACAUGAUGGCGGGCUUCCCGGUGUGCCCCAAACUCAGCCUCGAAUUUGGGGAUCCAGCGGGCUGUCUCUUCCGCUGGUACAAGGAAGCCAGGCCCGGAGCGGCGGAGCCGGAGGGCGGCGGCCCCUCUUCAUUGUCUCCCUCGCUGCCGUCUUCCGCUUGGACCGAGACCGGUGUGCGGGAGCGCGUCUACACCCCAUCCAACGCUGACAUCGGGCUGCGGCUCCGGCUUCACUGCACCCCGGGCAAUGGGCAGCGCUUCGGGCCGAGCCGGGAGCUGGAAAGCGUGUCCCCGGUGGAAGCCGGGCCUGGCACCUGCACUUUUGACCACCGGCAUCUGUACACCAAGAAGGUGACGGAGGAUGCCCUCAUCCGCACUGUCUCCUACAACAUCCUGGCAGACACGUAUGCCCAGACGGAGUUCUCCAGGACUGUGUUGUACCCGUACUGUGCCCCCUACGCCCUGGAGGUCGACUACCGCCAGAACCUUAUCCAGAAGGAACUCACUGGCUACAAUGCCGACCUCAUCUGUUUGCAGGAGGUUGACCGCGCGGUGUUUUCAGACAGCUUGGUGCCUGCGCUCGAGGCCUUCGGGCUGGAGGGCGUGUUUCGAAUCAAGCAGCACGAGGGUCUGGCCACUUUUUACCGGAAGUCAAAGUUCAGCCUCCUUGGCCAGCAUGACAUUUCUUUUCAAGAAGCCCUAGAAUCCAACCCACUUCACAAAGAACUGCUGGAGAAACUAGUUUCCUAUCCGUUGGCGCAGGAGAAGGUGCUCCAGAGGUCUUCAGUCCUGCAGGUUUCAGUGCUUCAGUCUACAAAGGACUCCUCUAAAAAAAUAUGUGUCGCUAAUACACAUCUCUACUGGCAUCCCAAAGGUGGGUACAUUCGUCUCAUUCAGAUGGCCGUGGCCUUGGCUCACAUUAAGCAUGUCUCAUGUGAUCUGUAUCCUGGCAUUCCCGUUAUAUUUUGUGGGGACUUCAAUAGUACACCAUCAACAGGAAUGUAUGAGUUUGUCAUAAAUGGCAGCAUUCCAGAGGACCACGAAGAUUGGGCUUCCAAUGGGGAAGAGGAAAGAUGCAACAUGGCUCUGAAGCAUUUCUUCAAAUUGAGAAGUGCUUGUGGUGAACCUGCUUACACAAAUUAUGUUGGUGGCUUUCAUGGGUGUCUGGAUUACAUUUUCAUUGACUUAAAUGCUUUAGAGGUUGAACAGGUGAUUCCCUUACCUAGUCAUGAAGAAGUUACCACCCACCAGGCCUUACCUAGUGUUUCCCAUCCCUCUGAUCACAUAGCUCUUGUAUGUGAUUUAAAAUGGAAAUAGAUUUGUUUACUGGCAUUUGUUUAAAAUCUGAAAAGGAAAUUACUUUGUAGGAAACUUAAUGUAACCCCUAAAGAGAACAUCUAGCCACUAAUAUAAAACCUUGUUGCUUCCCUAGUAAUGUUCCAGAUGUCUUUGUCACAAGACAUCAUAAUAUUUGCAUUGUAUAGUUUCUCUACCUUUUUUCCAUAAACUUGGAGGAAAAACAAAUAUAUUUAUGAUUAGCAAGAAGAAAAUUGAAUUGUGUACAUUUUUAGGAGAGAUUUUUUAAGCUGGUAAAUAAGAAUUUUUAAAUGCCCUUUGAAUGAUCUUUCAUAACACACAUUUCAAGUUGAA